UGAUGAUGAAAAGCUCCGAGGACCAAGGGGCUCUGGUCACAAGUAUCUCUCAGGACCAGCUACCGGGGAAAAAAUAAACUCCUCUGAAUAAUUAAAGAUUGAGCCCUACUUAUCACAAUGCAUUGCCUGAAAAGUCUGAGGACAGCUAACCCGGGAAUCCUGCAGCUAUUUAAAAAUGCAGGGAUCUCCGCCAGACUGGGAGCUGACAGCAUUGUUUUGUCCAGGACUCAGCAACCUGUUUCUCUCCCCUGCUGGGCUGCAGCAUCACCCCACACCCACAGAGCCUUUCAUCAGCAGCAGAACCCUGAUGAGGACCAAGGACACUCCAAAAGUAGGUUGAUGUCCAGUAUGGAGGACCUACUUUUCUACACCAUCACUGAUGGCAAAGAGAUGAUCCCCCUCUCCGAGUUCAUCUCUGCUUUAAGAAAAACAGGAUUGUUGACAUCUGACCCUCGACUCCGUGACUGUGUCCGUCAGAUGCGACAAUCCACACGUGAUUCUCCUGGGCCGGUCAUGAUGGACAAGAAGCUCUUCAGAAGGUGUGUGGGCAACAACAUUAUGUUACUGACUAAGGCUUUCAGGAAAAAGUUCAUCAUCCCUGACUUCCAAAAGUUCACCCACCUGAUCAAUAAGAUGUAUGACAGUGCACAACAGCAGGAAGGAGGACAAGUAGCUGAUUACAUUCCUCAGCUGGCCAAGUUCAGCCCUGAUCUCUGGGGAGUCUCUGUGUGCACAAUUGAUGGACAAAGACACUCAGCAGGCGACACCAAGGUUCCCUUCUGUCUGCAGUCGUGUGUGAAGCCUCUGGAAUAUGCCAUCGCCGUGCACGAGCUCGGCAGUGAGCAUGUUCACCAUUUUGUGGGCAAAGAGCCCAGUGGAUUCAAGUUCAACAAACUGUCACUAAAUGAGGAAGAUAAACCACACAACCCCAUGGUGAAUGCCGGCGCGAUCGUCAUCAGUUCUUUAAUUAAGCCUAGUUCAAAUAAGGCUGAGAGGUUUGACUAUGUGAUGGAGUUCUUGAAAAGCAUGACUGGUACAGAGUACGUGGGCUUUAGCAAUGCAACCUUCCAGUCAGAGAGAGAGACCGGCGACAGGAAUUAUGCAAUUGGUUAUUACCUCAAAGAGAAAAAGUGCUUUCCUGAUAAUGCAGAUAUGAUUGCAGCCCUGGACUUUUACUUUCAGUUGUGCUCCAUAGAGAUAACCUGUGAGUCAGGAAGUGUCAUGGCUGCCACACUGGCCAACGGCGGUAUUUGUCCAAUCACAGGUGAUCGCGUGCUGAGCGCUGAAGCAGUUCGCAACACCCUGAGUCUCAUGCAUUCAUGCGGCAUGUACGACUUUUCCGGACAGUUUGCCUUCCAUGUGGGCCUGCCUGCUAAAUCUGGUGUUUCAGGUGCUGUACUGCUGGUGGUUCCAAACGUCAUGGGUAUGAUGUGUUGGUCCCCGCCAUUAGAUCGCCUUGGAAACAGUGUUCGUGGCAUUCACUUUUGUCAGGAACUUGUCUCUCACUUUAACUUUCACAAUUACGACAACCUGAGGCACUUCACUAAGAAACACGACCCAAGAAGACGAUCAGAUGAGGAUCCAAACAAGUCAGUGGUAAACCUGAUGUUUGCAUCAUACAGUGGUGACCUCUCUGCUCUGAGGAGGUUUGCCCUUUCAGCUGUGGACAUGGAGCAGACAGACUACGACUCUCGCACAGCGCUGCACAUUGCUGCCGCAGAAGGUCAGCUGGAAGCUGUGGUCUUUCUCACUGAAAUAUGUAAAGUAAACCCCCACAUGAAAGACAGAUGGGGAAACACACCCCUGGAUGACGCCAUGCAGUUUGGCCAUGAUGUCAUCGUUUCAAUCCUACAAAAGUACCAGCGAGUGUGCACUGACAGCAACUCACCAAGCAACACAGAGGAGCAGAAAGACACAGUGGAUACAAUGAAGAGCAUUGUUUAAACCACAGGGGAUCAUGAGGGUUUGUAAUGCAAAUGAGUAUUUUAUUACGCACCUGAGAGGAAUGAAAGGACACAGGGUGAUUGAGAGACGUGAUGAAUGAAUGAAUUGAUCUUAUAUGGUAUGGUCAAAAAUGUUCUAUAUUUGUGUGAGCAUCAUACUUUAAACUGCUGAAAAACAAUGCCUUUCUGUGGACCGAAGGUUUGGUCAAUAAUGUAUUAAUGAAGCACUAAUAUUAACAAGCAGCGUGUUGCUUGUGUAGAGGAAAAUUAUAAUAAUGUAUACCAUGAUUUGGUUUGCAUUGAAUUAUGAAUGAACUGCAUUUGUGCUCAGAUAAAUGCUACUGAUAAGAGCUACUGAGAUGUAAAUAUAUAAUAUAUUGUGCUUAUUUAUUUUUAUCAUGUUGAAAUGUUGUAUAUUCUGCUUAAUUAGUAUGUUAUUUCAUUAGAGAGGGGCUAUGCUUCCUGUGGAUUAACUAUACAUAUUCCCAAAGCUACGUUAUGAAUUAUUCUCCUUAGACGGGUGGUGAUUUAGCUGCAUUUGUGUCUUUAACACUGAAAGUACUGUUACAUUCAUGCUUUUACAUGCACAUUGGUAUUUAAUUUUGAUCAUAUUCAGGGUAUGGGCUUCAUGUGGAACAUGAAAAACCUGUUUUUUCAGAUUCCUGUACACAUGCACCAUUGCACAUUUAUAUUCAGUUGUGUCUUGAUUUAUCAUCAUCUCAGCUGUUAUUUACCAGCAACCGUUACAGUAUUAAGGUUUUACCAGGUAUUUUUUAGGUUUUUCAAAACCACAGUAACAUCUUGUCCCAGUAGACCUGUUAAUUGAGGCUCCAGUUUAUUCACUGCCGAUGCACUAUGCAAAUGUGGGUUUUAAUGCCCCAGCAUCAUCAACAGCCAUGACCAGAGGCAUUAUGUUUUUGGUUUGUCCAUCUGUCCACAUGUCUGUCCAUCCCAUACUUGUGAACUCGAUAUUUAAGGAAUACCUGGAGGGAAUUUUAUUCAGAUUUACCUCAAGGAUGAACUGAUCACAAGUCAAAAUUCACUGUGACCUUACAAAAAUGCAUUUUUGGCUGUAGUUUAAGAAUUCAUACAAUAAUUAUGAAAAUACUUCACAUAAAUGUCUUAAUAGGAGGACAUUUUAUAUCCAAAAAGUCAAAGAUCAUCACAAUAUUCUGCAAAAACACUUUUCUGGCUUUCAUUCUGCCCUGUAACUCAGGAACAGAAGGGGAGGAUGUGAACAUAUUUCAAAUUGGGCCUGAUACUGCAUUGGUGACACUCAUCUUGGUUGGCUACCUGUGCUGAUUGUGUUGAUCUUCCAGGCUGCCAGGCUGAAGACAUGUGUGCAACAGCUACUUCUUUUAAUUUGUUGCUUCUUUGCAGCAACAUCUGUAUUUGAAGCAUUGUCUGCUGUCAUCACUUCGACUUUAUGUCCUAUCAGAAUAAGCCUUUUGGGCCAAUUAUGUGAGCACACAGUAGGACUUUCUCUGUUCUUUGUUUCCCCGAGUGAAUAGAUACACUACAUGUAUUAUGAGAGCCUGGAAAGACAUGGAUGGAAACUGCAACUUGACUUGGUUUUAUUUUGAAAGACUUCCUCUUCCUCUUUUAUUGGUUGUGUGUCAAAAAAAAAUAAUACAUCUGUCACAUGCUUGGAACAAUACAGAUUUGGGUAUAAACAAAACUUCAGUUACAAGGUAUGCAAAGAAGUGUUACAAACUCAACACAGAUGUGUUUAAAGUUACACUUUCUCAAAUGAGAAAUGCUUGUUAAUAUGCAGCCUACUAAGAUGACUGUAUUGUGAUAUAUGUGCAACGUCAUUGUGUUAAAAAAAUGUAAUGUUCUAAAGUUUAGUCAUCGUAAUUGAUGUAUUUUUCAUUAUGCUUUAUUUCAUUUAACUGGCAGUGAAAUUACUUAUCUCUUCACAAGGCUUUAGUCACUGUAAACAUCAUGCAGCUGUAAAUGAAAGAAUUGUAAAAGCAGUUUCAGUGAAGGUAUUUUAUUAAACAAUAUAAAGUAUGAA